AUGGUACGUAGCUCGUUCUCUGGGGAGAUUAAGGUGGAAGGGGGCGGGCCAUGGGGGCCGGCGGAAAGGGCGGGGGGAGGGGCGGAAGGGGAGGCGGAGGGUGGGGGUGUGGGGAGCAGCCGCGGGCGGGGGAUUGCAGAUGCUGCUGCGGCGCUGCGGAGCAUAUGGGCGGAGGAGGACAUGGAGGGGGUUGAAAUCGAGGGGAUCGAGUGGGCAGGCGCAGGGGGGGGCGCAGGGGGGGAAGCGGGCGGAGGGGGAAGUGGAGGCGGGGGGGUAGGAUGGGAAGGGUUGUUGCUAGAGUCCCUGGGCAGAGCGGGAGCAGCAGCAGCAGGAGGAGGAGCAGGAAGGGGAGCAGCAGGGGGCCGGUCAAGAGGCAGAGGCAGUGCACGAGAGGACCUAGGAGGCGGCCUGAUUCUCGAAUCCCUAAGCAGUUUCAGCAGCGCGCGCGCCAAUGUGUGCGUCUACUCGGGCAGGUGGCAGUACGAGGCGACUCUAGGCUCCUCCGGCAUUCAGCAGAUUGGCUGGGCGACAUUGGCGUGCCCGUUCACGGCAGAGGAGGGCGUGGGGGACGCGCCUGACUCGUAUGCUUUUGAUGGGAAGAGGGUGCGGAAGUGGAGUGGGUGGUCCGCGCACCCCCCAUCGAGCCUGCCAUUCCGAACCUGUCCGCUAGGCCCGGAUGACGAGGUUCUCCUGGCGGAGCUCCUGUGUGAGAGGCUCGGGCCGUUGCUGCUGGCAGGGGGGGCACGAAUGGAGGUGCAGAGACAGAUGGGGAGGAGGGCGGGGGAGGGCAAAGGAGGGGGGGGAGUGGCAGAGGGUGUGGGGUGGGUGCGAGGGGGGUAUGCUGUAUGGGCCUCCCUGCUGCCUCUACUCCUCCAACUGGCGCCCAGACAGGGGCUAAACACAGGUGGGGGGAAGCAGGGUGCAAGCAGACACAGUCCACAGCAGCAGCAGCAGCAGCAGCAGCAGCAGCAGCAGCAGCAGCAGCAGCAGCAGCAGCAAAAGCAGCAAGGGUGGAGGAUGGUGGACGGAGUAAUGGACUCGCUUCACCUGUGUCUGGAGGACCAUGAGUGGUCCGGGAUCAUCCCGGCCCUCAUGGACGCCCUAGCCUUCCACUCCCGAACCUCCCUCGUAGGUUCGGCUGCGUUCACAGUGCCGAACCUAGCCGGUGCAGGAGCAGAAGCAGUUUCCGGCUCGGGAAAACCCCCAGAGGUUUGGCAAGAGGGGCGGGAUCCGUACCUGUACCUAUCCCUGGCCUGCCACUUAGCUAAGCGACAGGAGGUGCUAAGCGCAUGGUGGGCAGCAGACGGAUUCUCCUCCAAUCUAGAGGCAUUCUUGACCCGCAGAGUAGCCACAAGGGUGGAUCUGCAGAGGCUGUUUCCCUCGCUGUGGUGGGCUGGCUGUAAGGAGGACGACUGCAGCGAAGCAGGCUUGGAAGAAAGCAAGAAGGCACUUGUGAAGGCAACGUCUAGGGUGGAGCUCUGCCAAGUGUCGCUCUGCCGCUCUCUCCUCUUCUUUGUACCCUCUAAGAGCAUGACCGGGGCUUCGUCGACUUAUUCGCUUGCAACUGGCGGCGUGCUUGCACCGUUUCUGAGGAGCCUGAUCCGCAAGAACCGGGCGGCGAACAGGAAUAUUGUGCCGCCCGGGCUCUCGGAUAGUAGCGUGCUGGUGACGGCGUUUUUUGUCCUCUUGCGGCUGUUGUGGGCGGGGCUGGUGGGCCGUGGAGGCGGGAAACUGCAGAAGACAAAGAGAGCUGGGGUUUUAAGAGGGUCACAUGUCUUAGUAGAAUCAGGGAGUGGAAGAGAGGGAGAAGCAGAGGGAAUGGAGGUUGAUUUUGAAAAAGGAACGUCAGGGAGGGAGGGUAGGCGGGUGGGGAAGGUAGAGAGGGAGGGAUGGGAAGUGGAGGAAGAGGAGGAGGAAGAGGAGGAGGAGGAGGAGGGGGAAGAGGAAGAGGAGGAAGAGAGCGAGGAAGUAUCAAUGCUUCCGUGGCCAAGAACCCCCUCUGGGGCCAUUAGGAGCAGCUGGAGGGAGCGACAAGAGGCAAGCAGUGCCUUGGAUAGCAGCAGCAGCAGCAUAGCAGCUACUACAGCCACUGCCACUGCGGGCACCAGCACAGGUGCCACCAGCACUGCUGCCAUCCCUGCAGGGGGUUACCUGCAGCGCCACGGGCGGUGGAAGUUUCCUGUGCCCUUAUUCCUGCACCCGGAUUUGCAUUACUUUGACUUGCCACGCCUGGGCGGGCUCUUUAGCCACGUGGCCAAGACCUUCCCCCUCUCCGCGCCGCAGGACUUUGCCAGCGUGACAUGGACUGAUGAUGACGUGGAUGAUGAUCAUUGGGCGGCGGGAGAGGAGGGGGAGGAGGAGGCGGGUGGGGGAACGGGGGAGAGGAGAAGGGAGGAGCGGGGGACGGGGGGAGGAGGUACAGGGGAAGGAGGGGGAGCAGGCGGGGGGAGGAGAGCAGAGGGGGUGCAAGAGAGGGAAAUGGGAGGAGGGAGGAGUGAGGGGGAUGGAGAACGUGAGGGGGAGGAGAGGGUUGAGGAGAAGGCGGAGAGGGGGAAGGGGGAGGAGGAUGAGAGGGAGGUGCUGCUGCUGGACAUGGCCGUGCUGCUGUUCCACCUCAGGGGCGUGGGUGCCUUCAAACAGGCGGCGCUGCAGCAGCAGGGCAUGGUGCAGGCGGUGGCACAGCUGGAAGAUGCGGACAGGCAGAUCGCCGCUGCCAUGGGGGGGCGCACGGAGGGAGCUGCGGCUGCAGCCAGGGGAGGUACAUCCGGGGGAGGUACAUCCAGAGUGGGCGUGGGAGGGUCAGUGCGGGCGCAGCAGCUGAGGGAGGCGAGACAGGUGUUCCGAGAGGACGUGGAUGAGAGUGUGAGGCUUGCAGUGUGGUGGAGAGCGGUGUUGGGCGGUGCUGCGUGGAAGCAGAGGGCGCUGGUGGGGGUGAGCAGGAGGGUGGGCUCGCUGCUGCUGGCUGCCAGCAAGCGGGGCCACAUCUUUGCCUACGUGCCCGAGGUCUAUUUGGAAGCAAUGAUCGAGGCCUUCCAUGCCUUCAGGCGCUGCGACCCGCCACUCUUCCGACUCCGCCACUCCGUGCAUCACCUCGCUCCCUUCAUAUCUUUCCUGCUCACGCGGUUCAGCGAUGCAAGGAUCGCCAAUCCAGACACCAGAGACCAGCUGCUGCAGACGCUCUCCGUGCUGCUACAGCUGCCGCCCUUCUCCGUCGCACUAGAGACAAACAAGGCCGCCCGCACAUGCUUCAUGCCCAGCCUUCUCAACGCAUUUGACCAGCGCUUCUGGAUACCCGUCUCUCAGGUAUUUCCUCAGGUGUCUCUGCCUCUCAGGUGUCUCUGCCUCUCAGGAGGGUUCUGUCUCCCAGGGGGCCGGGAAAAAGGGGAGAAGGCUCUAGAAGGGGGUGAAGCAGGAGGAGCAGCAGCAGCUGCGGGAGGAGGAGGAGAGGGAGGAGAAGGAGGAGGUGAAGGAGAGAUGCAAGGAGUUUCAGGAGGAGAAGAGGGGAGCAGGGCCAGGGUGGAGCUAGUCACUCAGGGCGAGGGAGAGGGAGGAAGAGAGUCCAUUGAAGCUGAAGGAGAAGCAAUGACAGCACUUGCACCUGCCACCACUCCUGCUUCCUCCACAUCCCCUGCGCCGUCUGCAUCCUCUGCUCCCUCUGCAUCUGACUGCUCUCUCGAUCCUGAGAUGAACCGCAUGCGGCUGUUUGAGCUGCUGCUCUUCAUCCUCAACCACACGUGCUCCGGUGCUGAUGCACGCGCUCUUGACGGUGUCCUGCAGGACCACGUGUCCCCAUCCGACCAAUCAUCGCGCCCCAUGGUGCUCGCCCCCCUCGUGGGCAUCAUAGGCGGCCUGUUCUCGCAUGCUCAGCGGGCCAAUGGGACCGCGCCAGCUGGCAUGGUGCGGUCGGUGCUACAGGCAGACCCUUCCCUUGACUGUCUGGCCGGGCUGGAGUUCCUGCUGGGGUUCGACUGGGAGAGUGAGUUCAGCAGCCCACCAUCAGCGUGCCUGGCGGAUCUGCGCCUCUUUGUGGAGCAGCUCAGGCGGGAGCAGGCUGCUCGCAAGGCGGCAGCAGAGGCCGCUGCUGCUGCCGCCGCUGCAGGUCGCGGGAAGAAGGGCAAAGAGCACAUGCAAGAGCAAGGCACCACCGCAGAGGGGAUGGAUGGUGCUGCUGCUGGUGCUGGUACAUGGGAGGGGGAAGGUGAGGAGGAGGAGGAGGAGGAGGAGGAGGAAGAGGGGGAGAUGUGCAGCAUAUGCUACGCGGCUCCCAGUGACACCCAGUUCAUCCCCUGUGGUCACUCCUCCUGUGAGCGCUGUGUGGCACGGCACCGCCUCAACAGCCCCCGCUGCUUCUUCUGCAAUGCUGUGAUCGAGCGACUGGCGGCGAAGCACUGA